AUGUCAGUAACCUCUGAAGCUAUAUUUAUUGGUGCAAACCAUCAAAGUCAAAUUAGUGAUUACAACAAAGCAAGAGGUAUUGUUGCAUAUGGCGCUGGCUCAAUUAUUGCCUUAUGGAAACCAUUAGAAGCAUCUCUCAAAGGUGUUUUUUUAACAUUAAAAGGCCAUACAUCUUUGAUUACAUGUGUUAGAUUUAUCUCCAAUAACAUUUUAAUUUCUGCUUGUGAAGAUAAACUAAUCAAAAUUUGGAAGUUCGACGAAACUAAUGACCAUGUCCAAUGCUGUCAAACCAUUGAUCAUUAUCAACACUCAAUCACAUGUUUAACUACAUCACGCUCACUGGGUAACAUUUUUGUUACUGGCUCUACCGAUGGUAGUUUAUCUAUUUGGACUUUAAAUAAGGAAUCAACUUUGUUUGAAUUGAAGCAUGAGUUUACCGUUAAAAGGGGCGUAUUCCCGCUAACUGUUUCAUUGCAAACCAUUUCAGAGCAAGACACAGAAGAGAAUCUUCCAUUUAUAUUAGCUGUUGGCGGUACCAGCGUUAAUUUGUUUAUUUAUUCUUUUGAAUUAAAUACUUCUACCCAAGAGCUUUCAGAUUUUAAACAGGCAGCUGUUAUGGAAGGCCACGAAGAUUGGAUUAAAAGCUUAGAUAUUCGUAAAAAUGGACCAGGCAGUUAUUUGUUAGCAAGCGGAUCUCAAGAUAGAUAUAUACGAUUAUGGAAGCUAUCCGUUAAUGAAGAGGAAAGGGAAUCACCUGGGAAAUUGACAUUGUUGAGUAAUAAAAAAUAUAUGUUCGAAAUUGGGGAAAGCACUAAAGUUACUUUCAAUUUUGAAGCACUAAUUAUGGGCCACGAUGACUGGGUUUCCUCCAUCCAGUGGCAUGAAUCAAAAUUACAGUUACUAGCUUGUACUGCUGAUACCGCUGUAAUGGUUUGGGAACCCGAUGAAUUGUCUGGCGUUUGGAUUUGCAGUUCCAGAUUGGGCGAGCUUUCAUCUAAGGGAGCCUCCACAGCUACCGGUUCUGUUGGUGGGUUCUGGUCAUGUCUAUGGUUUACCAAUGAAUCUAACGAAUAUAUCUUAACCAAUGGGAAGACUGGAUCUUUUAGGAUGUGGUCUCGUAGUGCUUUUGAUGGCGAGGACCGUUUUAAAUCUGAUAAUGAUUGGAUACCACGACUAGGUAUAACCGGUUCAACAAAACCUGUUACUGAUGUAGCUUGGUCUUCAAAUGGCUAUUUAUUAUCAACGUCUUUAGACCAAACCACAAGGUUAUUUAGUAAAUGGAUUUACAAUGCAGAUGGUUCCGAAAGAAAGUAUCCGGACUCCUGGUUUGAAUUUGCGAGACCCCAAAUCCAUGGAUACGAUAUGAUCUGCGUAGAACCCAUUUCAGACACAAGGUUUGUUAGCGCUGGUGACGAAAAGAUUUUAAGGUCUUUUGAUGAACCAAGGGGCGUUGCCCAACUUUUGGAUAAAUUUUCAGGUUUAAGAAGCAACGAAGAAAUCAUGCCAGAAUCUGCAUCUUUGCCCGUUUUAGGGUUGUCCAACAAAGCUGUUACUGACGAUCCCGAUUCCUCCUUAACAGACUUGGAUCCCAAUGAAAUGGAAACCGAUGAUAAUAAAAACAUUAGCUAUGCUAUUUUAUCUGAACUACAAUCACCACCACUAGAGGAUCAACUACAAAGACACACGUUGUGGCCAGAGAUUGAAAAGCUUUAUGGACAUGGUUAUGAAAUUGUCUGUGCAGACGUUAGCCCAGAUAAAAAAUUAAUAGGGUCUGCUUGUAGGUCUAAUACAUAUGAACAUGCUACUAUUAGAGUAUUCGAUACUGAUUCAUGGUUGCAAAUCAAGCCUGCGUUACCAUUUCACGAUUUAACAGUUACAAGAGUUAGAUUUUCAAAAGAUAAUAAGCAUUUGUUAUCCGUAAGUAGAGAUAGAAGAUGGGCUGUUUGGUCGAGAAAUGAAGACAACACAUUCACGUUGAAAUGCAAAAAUGAAAAACCGCACACCAGGAUCAUUUGGGAUUGUGAUUGGUGUCCAUUGAGCUUUGCUGACGCUUUUGUUACUGCUUCUAGAGAUAAGACUAUAAAAAUAUGGAAGAGCGAGGGCGCCGAUUACACUCUGUGGGGAUCUAUUAAAUUGAGUGAGCCUAUUACAGCUAUAUCAGUUUUGGAUCAAACAAUCAAUACCAAGAUAGUUAUUGUAGCUGGCUGUGAAAGUGGUGCCAUUUCUGUUUACACUUUUGAUUCUUCAUUUCAAAAAGUUUUAGAUUUCGAUAUUUCUUUGACACCAUCUGAAAGAAUAGGCAGGAUAAGAUGGAAGCCAUACAAUAAAGCAACAGAUAAGAGAUUAUUCUUGGCUGCAGCAAGUUCUGACCAUUCAUGUCGUAUUUACUCCUUAGAUGUAAACGCAUUUCGACUUUAG